AUGGCACCACCCUCAGUCAGUGACUGUUCGCAACAUGGGGACUUGGCCAUAACUAGAACCUCAUCGGUCUCGUCAAUCCACCGCCUCUCAGAGGAACGUGACCCGGCCACCGACACACGCGAGUCUUUCAAUUAUACCUUCCAGCCCUUAUUCAACGAAGGUCCAAAUUCGCCGACUGCGUCCAAAAUCAACGAAAAGAAGCCCUUCGACUGGAAUGGAUCCUGGGCAUGGGAAACGGGUGGUUCUGCCUUAGGAAUCAUCUCCCUUGCCCUUCUUGUUGCAUUCCUCGCCAAAAUAGAUGGGACUGCCUACGAUCGCUGGCAAUAUUCAAUCUCGCCCAACACAGUCGUCUCCGUUAUCACCACCAUUGGCAAAGCGGCGAUAUUGGUUCCUGUCUCGGCAUGUCUAAGCCAGCUGAAAUGGAAUCGAUAUCGAAGGGUCAAUCGUUUGUCCGACUUACAGGCUCUAGACGAAGCCAGCCGUGGCGCAUGGGGAUCGACCGUAUUGUUUUGGUCGAUGACACCUAGUUUGGCCACUGUUGGAGCAUUGCUGACCGUACUGGCGGUCGCGAUCGAUCCUUUCUCUCAGCAGAUUAUCACCAUCCACUCGCGUAAUGCUUUGGCACCAAACGGGACGGCCUAUGUGCAAAUGGCUCGCGGCUACAAUUUAAACUCGGACGAGCAAAAGUCACCAACUAUGCAAAUCGCAGUACUCAGUGGGUUGUUUCAAACCAAUGCAGCCCUAAACCCGCACUGCGAUUCGGACUAUCACUGCGAGUACCCAGAGUUUGUGACACUGGGGAUCUGCAGCAAGUGUGAAGACGUCACUCAGGAGACGAAUCAAACCUGCAAGACGUCACCAGAAACAGCCGCCAUCAACUAUCUAGGCUCUGGGUGGGACAAUAUGCGUACCAAUUGCACUUAUCAAUCACCCAGCGGAUUCGAUGUAGAUCUCGCAGAUGUUACUUUGAGCAUGAACAACGGACGAACUUUGACCUAUUUGCAAGCGAAAUCUUCGAUUGUGCUGAACACCACCAUCACGAGUGCCGUUGGAAUCGAAAGCCCGCUUAUUGCGAUUCUGAGCUUGAUUGAUAACAACAAAACCUACUACUCGCAUCAGAAUCACACAAAAUCGCCAAAUAAGCCCGAUAUGACGGAAUGCGCGGUAUAUUGGUGCGAGCAGGAAUUCCCAACGGCAAGCACACGUCGAGCAUACCAGCCCAGCAGGACCCAGCCUUUGAUUCCCGUCGACCCUGUGGUGACGCAGGGGACAGUCAUCGGACAUGAUCAACCAUAUCUGGCUGCCCCAUCGGGACUGCACACUCUCUCUGAGAAUUCUUCCUACCCGAUCAACCAUACUACCUACACUACCUUGACCUCCGAUAUAUCCACCAUCCUCACAUCGGAUUCGGAUUCUGCAAAAAUCUUUGGAACGGAGAAUCUCGUGACUCGAAAUAUCACGGACAUUCUUUCAUCUCUCGCUACCAGCAUGACGGAUGUCAUUCGUUCCGACCCAGACACAAGCAUCCCUGUCGCUGGCAAUGCCUAUUACUCACAAAACUUUAUUCAUGUCCGAUGGCCGUGGAUUAUUCUUCCCGUCUUCGUCGGAGUGAUGUCAACAGCUUUUCUUAUUAUCACCGCAGUCUCAAGUCGGAAAGCGGUUCUUUGGAAGACAUCUCUGUUGCCUUUGCUUGUUGGGCGGCUUGAGGUACAGCCAUCCCAUGCGUUGUCGACAAUGGGAAGCGUAGACGAGAUGGGACGAAAGUCUAAAAGCGUUCGAGUCUACUUAGAGCAUGACCCUGGGUUGACAUUUGUUGAAGAUACAAUUCCAAGGAGAUAG